CGUCGGUCUCUCGACACGCAGAUGCUGACAUGGGAUCGUAUCGCUCGGUUCAUCCCUGGCUUCAGAGUCCUGUUCUGUCCUGGGUGUGACGUCAUUUACUAACCCACGUGGUAUUACCACCUGAUCGGGGCAAUGACCUCCUGGUCGCCGAUGAAGUAAGCCAUCUUUGUCAAGAUACCACUGUCAUAUCACAUUUUAUGUUCCACUAGGCUGCACGGAUAAUGGUAAAGGACCGGCUGCCUGAGCUCCAACUGGCUCUGCACUCCAAGAGCUACAGUGUAGAUAAAGUUUGUAUUGAUUUAGCCAAGAAGUCAAAUGAAAUCACUCAGUUCCUUGACAAGGUGGAGAAAAUUCGAAUUGAAAUUGACAACAUUAACACCAAUACUGAGGAAAUUAAGAAACUCAACAGUAUCAUUCUUUCAUUACCUCGAGGCAGAGCUACAAGCAAUUCAGGAGUCGAAGACAGAAAGGGAUUCAUUUCCCACACCAUAAUCCAGGUUCACAGCCAUAUCAAAGAAAUAGAAAGAACUGUAGAAAAAGACAAAGAAACACCAAUCGAAAACUUACCAACUCUUGCGAGAGUCAAAAUAAUCCAGCACGCGACCUUGGUAUCGAUGUUUUCUGAAGCGUUGAGAAACUACAAUGAAAUGCUUCUGAAAUAUCAAGAAAGGUGUAAAGCAAUUGUACAUCAGCAGUUAAGAAUAAUUGACAAAGCAGCCACAAGUGAUGAAUUGGAGGAUCUGUUAGAGAAAGAUAAAGCAGCUGUGUUUGUAAACAAUAUUGUUGCAGAUACCUUGAAGCCCAAUUUGCUCUGUCAAGUGUAAAAGCAAGACAUGAAAAGUUACUGAAUACUGAAAGAUCUGUGCAGGAAAUAAGGGACAUAUUUGUGCAGAUGGCAAUACUGGUAGACACACAGGUACAACAAGCAAUGAAUGCUUGAUAUAUGCUUCUAUCGUUUACAAUAAUUUGUGUAAAAGCAGCAAUACAAAAUUGAGUUUACUCUCGCCCCUAAAUCAAUGGUUAAUUAAUUAUACUUCAUGAUGACUUCUAAAUAAUCCACCCCUUUCAUAAAAUGUUUAAGAUCAUUAGGAAAUUGGAGUAAAUAACCUGAAUUGAUUCAAUACUGCGAUUUCUCUGACAGGGCGACAAUAUCAAGAGAAUAGAAUUCCAUGUGCUAAAAGCCGGAGGAUGCACCGAUCACGGUAAAAGCCGGCUCCAGAAAGCACGAAAAAUAAAAGUAAAACACAGAAAGGUACGCUUAAAAGCUUUUAAACAUCAAAUACAAAUACAUUUUCAGUUUUCACAGCACUGAAAAUUUCGAUUGCGCAUGAGUUUUGAUUCUUUGUGAUCUUGGUAGUUGGCAAAUUUCAAGGGAGUCUACUGGCCCCACCCUUAAGGGUAUAAACUUUUAUAUAAAUUAAUGAGCACACUUUUCAACCAGGUUUUCGUUUUAAACUGUUCUUAAAUAAUAAAAUUAUGUAUUUAUUAUGAAAAUAUUAUAAACAUAUAUUCCCACUGACCAGUAUUUACCACAUUUUGUCUUCCUGUCUAAAGUGUAAAGAGUAAGAUGAAGUCACAAGAGGAUAGAGAAAAUAUCAUAAUUAGGAGCUUCACAAUUUAUAUUAUAUUAUUGGGGUAAACAAAUCAAGGAUGGGAUGGGCAGGACAUAGCACACGUGGGAGGGACGACAGAUGCAUACAAAAUUUUAGUAUGGAAACCCCAAGAGAACAGACUGCUUGGGAGACCAGGCAUAGAAAGGAGGAUAAUAUUAAAGUGGACUGGAUUCACCUGGCUCAGGAUAGGUACCA